AUGCUGGAGCUUUUUCUCACGGUGGCUUUCUCGGCGGCGCCGCUCACCCUCUACUUCCCGCCGAUCCGAACCCUGAAUCCGUUCAUCCGCACAACGAAUCAUCUUCUCCGGGACGCAAUCUCCUACGCUGCCGAUAUCUACCCGCGCCUACGCCUGGACGUCUCGCGGCUCGUCUCCCCCAGUCGCGCCGCUGUCUCCAAAAGGUUCGACCACCCGCUGAGUCGAACCUUUGAAUCGCCGCCAAAUCCCGACGGUUCUCGUCAAGUCAAUUCGUCACCGCACCACGCGCAAGCCGAGCCUAGCGGCUGCCGCACGUCGCCGAUUCGCUGA